AUGGGUCUUGAUACUUUGGAAGGAGAAAACUCUAAUGAAUCUUCUGACUCGUUACUUGCUUUAGACUGUGAAAAGAGUGGGAAUGGGAUAUCUGAAAUGAAGGGAACAUUAAAUUCUGAUAAAACUAACUGUGAAGAAAUUCAACAAUCGGAAACAAAUAAUAAUAAUAGUAUAAUAUAUCAAGGUCCAAAUGCUAAUGCACAAACAAUAAAUCAACAAACUGAAAUUUUGGAAUGUGAACAUUAUACUAGAGAGCCUUAUUCCUCUACACAAAAUUUAAUAGACGCACCUACUCUAAGACAACGCCAAGUAACAUCAAUAAUACCUGUUUCACCGGAAUCAUCAAAGUCAACAAAUAAUGCUACUUGUGUUUCUUCUGGGAGGUCACUUUCCCUAAAUUCUGUAGGCGAAGGUAGUAGUCGUGGAGCAAAGAACAUUUCUAAUAGUAAAAAUAAUGAGAAUAAUACAACAAAUGGAGGUUCAGAAUAUGAAUGUAAUAUUUGCUUUGAUACUGCUUCUUCGCCUGUUCUUACUCUUUGUGGACAUUUAUUUUGUUGGCCUUGCCUUCACCAAUGGUUAGAGGCCCAAUCGCAAAACCCUUUAUGUCCAGUAUGUAAAGCUGGCUGUGGUCAAGAUAAAGUUAUCCCAAUAUAUGGACGAGGAAAAGAGGCGAAAGAUCCAAGAACGAAUGCAGAAAUCCCAAAUCGUCCUCCAGGUCAGAGACCUCAACCACAACGGGAUCCGAAUCAACCUGGAAACCAAUUCUUCCCCGGCUCUUCGUUUCAUACAACAACCUUUGGUCCACAUUUUUCGAUUUCAACCAGCACGAUAUUUCCUUCAUUAUUUGGAGCACAAUUCGCAUUUACUCCACCAAAUGGACCUCCGUCACCACAACAGGCUUUUAUGUCUAGGCUUCUUUUGAUGUUUGGCUGUAGGGCAUCAAAUUUAGUAAUUGAUAAAGCCAAAGGUUCAUGGCUUUGGACAGUUGAAGGGAAAAAGUAUUUGGAUUUUUCUUCUGGAAUAGGCGUGACCUCUACGGGUCAUUGUCAUCCAAAAGUUGUAAAAGCUGUACAAGAACAAUCGGCCAAAUUAAAUCAUGCUCAGGUCAAUAUUUUUUUUCACAAACCAAUGUUGGAUCUUAUUGGAAAAUUAAAAUCAGUAAUGCCUUCUUCAAAACUUGACACAUUUUUCUUUUGGAAUUCUGGUGCUGAAGCUGUUGAAGCUGCUGUAAAACUGGCAAGGCAUUCAACUAAGAAACAGAAUAUAAUUGUUUUUCGAGGGUCAUAUCAUGGGAGAACUAUUGGUUCAAUGUCACUUACGACAUCGAAAACUGUUUAUAAGGCAAAUUAUGGUCCAUUAAUGCCUGGAGUUUUCGUUGCACCAUUUCCUUAUUGUUUUAAUUGUCCAAUACAUAAAAAACUUCCAGAUAAAUAUCACAUAAAUAAUUGUUGCAAUGAUCCAAUUGAUCAAUUGGAAAUUUUAUUAAAACAACAAACUUCUCCCCAAGAAACCGCCGCAUUGUUAAUAGAACCAAUAUUAGGAGAAGGAGGUUAUGUCGUUCCACCAAAUUAUUUCUUUAAGGAAUUAAAAAAAUUUUGUGAAAAGAAUGGUAUUCUAUUAAUUACAGAUGAAGUUCAAUGUGGAUUUGGUAGAACAGGUAAAAUGUUUGCAACUGAACAUUUUGGAAUGGUUCCGGAUAUUAUGAUUAUGGCUAAAGGAAUUGCGAGUGGAUUCCCAUUAAGUGGAAUUGUUUCAAGGAAAGAAUUAAUGGACAAACAACCACCUGGAAGUAUGGGAGGUACAUACGCUGGUAAUGUAGUAUCAUGUGCUGCUGCUAUUGCAACAUUAGAAGUAUUUGAAGAAGAAAAUUUAUUGAAAAAUGUUGAUUUAAGAUCAUCGCAAAUACUUUCUUUACUGGAUAAAAAACUUAAACCGUUAUUACCUCCACAAGUUAAUUUAGAUAUUCGUGGGUUAGGAUUAAUGAUUGGUAUUGAAUUUCAAGGAGUUCCAUAUGGAUUUGUAUCAGAAGUAGCAAAAGAAUCAGUUGAAAAGCAAGAUUUAAUUGUAUUGACAACCAGUAUUUAUGAAACCAUAAGGUUAAUUCCUGCAUUAAAUAUUACAGAAGAGGAAGUUGUUAUUGGUAUUGAAAAAUUAUGUAAAGCUAUUGAGAUGGUU